AUGGCAGACAAGGCAGUUAUAGUGGGCAUAUCAGGCCCCUCAAGCAGCGGCAAAACAACCCUCGCCCGCCUGCUGCAGCGUAUCUUCAACGGCGCAAAGAGCCCAUCCGGCAACCUGAACACCUUCAUCAUCCACGAAGACGACUUCUACUUCCCAGACGACAAAAUCCCCUACACAACCACAGCCUCCGGUGAAACAAUUCAAGACUGGGACACAGCAGCCGCAAUCGACUUACCUUUCCUCAGCCAGGCUUUGCAAUACGUUCGCAAAAACGGAUGUCUCCCACCGCGUCUGCGCAGCAAAGAAGAUCAAAAUGACGAGUCUGAUUCCGGUGUUCCAGAAGAAGCGGUUCAGGAAUUGAGGCGCGUGGUACAAGAUCGCUUAUCGGGAAGCGGUAGUAUUGCGUUCCUGGAAGGAUUUUUGCUCUUUGCGCCACCGCAGAAGGACCAUGUACUUCGGUCUGUUCAUGAUGCUAUCCAGCUUCAUGUUUUCUUACCUGCUGCUUAUGGACUUGUUAAGGAGAGGCGGGAAGGGAGGAGUGGGUAUGUGACUGUGGGGUCUGCGCCGGUGCACGAAGGGGAAAGGGCCGAGCUGGAAGAGAAUGAGGAGAUUGAUUUGGAAGCUGAGGAUGAUCGUCCGCCGCAGAACUUUUGGGUUGAUCCACCUGGGUAUGUAGAUGAUGUUGUUUGGCCGCGGUAUGUGCGGGAUCAUUCUUGGUUGUUGGUUGGUGAGGAUGGUCAAAAUGUGGCGACUGGUGGUGAUGGUGAUGCUGAUCUUGUGAGGAGGGCUGGUGAUGGAACGAGGGUUCGGACGGACGUUGGGGUUGAGGUUGCUCCUGGGGCUGGGAGUGCUGGAAUGGAAGUUGUUCUUAGAUGGGCUGUUGACUUGGUUUUGCAGUUCUACAUCGAUAGUCGGCAAUAA